GUCCUGUCACGUGGGAGCCUCCGCUGAUGACACGCGGCGCUGCGUGAGCUACGUGAACAGUUCUGACUUCCGCACACUAGCAUGAACAGGACAACAGCGCGCUGCUGAGGUGUUUACACGACCAAAAAAGCACAAGAUUUAGACAAAAUGUCAGACUCUUCUGACUGUGAAUGGGAGGACUUCAGUGACCAGCUGACUGCUAAACAAAUAAGGAAAUAUGACCAGAUUCUUACCCUUCGUCCACCGGAAGAGGUGUUUGAGCGAUGGAUCCGUGUCCCUCCUGAAACCAGAAGGGAAGCCGGGCGGCGAAUGAGAAUUUGUGUCUUCUGGCUUCCGAUUGUGCUGCAACCUGAGGAGUACUGCGCUACUUUUUGCUGGGCUUUAGAAUUGGGUCUGAUCCCACCCGGCAAUGAAUUGGGUCUGAAUAACCUUCAGAUGAUUUCAACAGUGGAGACAAUUCUCAGAGCCUUGGAGAGAGGAACCUUGGAAAAGGACCAGACAAAGCAGGUUGUGUUGAUAAGCAACUUGUUAAACUUGCGCUGCGACAACGGUUUGAUAGACGCAUCGCAGUGGUUGGAUCGGACCGGGGAACCCUACAUUUCACAAAGCAUCAGGGUCAUGGGCAACGAUCAAGUGCGCCACAGCUCCCUGCACCUCAUCUUCACAGAGUUUGCUAAGUACAUUCAUGAAAUGGGUACCGACUUGGAAAAGACGUUGAGGUCACUGAUGGCUCGACCAUCCACCCAUCUAAUAAAGCAAAGUGAAGAAAUGAAGAGGAAAGGAAACGAAAACUUUGAGAAAAAGCAAUAUGAAGACGCUGUCCUGUUUUAUUCCAAAGCCAUCCAAUUUUACCCCGACAACCACAUAGCUUAUGGAAACAGAGCGUUAUGCUAUAUUCGCUGUGACAAAUUUCUAAAAGCGGCUUGUGAUGGAAAAUGCGCUACUCUGAUAGACCCCUUCUGGGCCAAGGGUCACUACCGCUACUGUGAGGCUCUGUGCUCCAUGGGAGCGCUCACGAUGGCCAUCGAGGCCAACUCCACGGCCCAGAGUCUGUGCAAAGACGACCACAAGGGAAUGAGAGACUUGGAGCAACAGCAGCAGAAGUUGCGCGACGCGCUGAACGCUAGAGUUUCACAGUCUAUGAAAAAAAAACCCAGUAAAAGAACGCAGAGCCCUAACAAAGCUCCAUGGCCACCGCUUGUGAAAGCCGAUAAAAAGAAUGAUCCUCCUUCGCAGACCAAGGGGCCCGAGGUCAAACCGGAAGAGAAGCCAGUGAAAAACGAAAAGACUGCACAGUCAGAAAGCGUUGCUAAGAACUCAAAACCAGCCAAAAGUGAGCUUUCUUCAAAGAAUGGGAAAUUGGUGGCCAGCUCCCCGAAGAAGAAACCAAAGAUGAAAAAGGAACCUGAAGAAGAGAAGCGGGCGCCGCUCGAUAGGGCGGCCGUGUGCAAAGAGUUGAUGUCGAUGGUGCAGGACGCGCACACUGCCCUGACCGACCUACGCAGCCGCAACGCAGAGGAGGCCUUCAGGAAGGCGCUGGUCCUGCUGGAAACCAGCCCAGCCAAGGAGUUGGGCCUUUCCACUCUGGACGUGCUGUUGUUGCUGUACGGCCGCGUUUUGGCUCUGACGGAAAUCGGCCAGCUUGAGGAACUUGUGGAAGCUCAAGCGCUUCUCGAGAAGAUCAAAUCGUUUGAGGAGAGGACGUUCCAGUGUCUGGUUUACUACGCCGUGGGGAAGGUGUACCUCCGAGAGAACCGGUUCUCUCUCGCUCUGGUGCAGUUUUCAGAUUCCCUGCAGACGGUAAAGAAUAAAAUAACACCGGGUAAACUCACCUGGCCUUUAACGAAGGAGAUUGUCAAAGAGACUCAGCCGGAGUAUUUCACUGACGUUCUAGAGCGAGCUAUAGAGUUGUGCAAAUUUCCCCCUAUUCCCGAUGCCAUUUGUCGACUAGAGAAAUGCCUCGUCCCUUUGAAAGCUGAAAUCUACCUGACCGACCCAGAUUUUAAAGGCUACAUUCGAAUAUGCUGCUGUGAGAGCUGCGUUCUUGAAUACCACACGGCCUGCUGGAAGAGCCUCAAGACGUCCUUCUUUGAAAAAAACGAAAAGGAUUUCUUGAAAGAGUUGUGUUUUACUCCAGAUUGUGUCGGCAAAAUCUGUAAGAUCCAACUCUUUCGUCCGACGGGGCUGCUGAAGUGUGAGUUUGUAGCUCCCAUCUCUAAACCACUGACGCCAAAGAAGCCCAAACAGAAUCAGAAAUGCUCGAGUCUAAAGAAGUUAAAAUCAAAAGAGGAGCACAAGCUCACGAGGAAGCAGCAUAAGCUGUCAUUUCAAGAAAAGCAGGCGAUAAACGACGAGAUUCUGCAGCAGAUUGAGGCCCCGGCGACCCACAAUCAACAGAAAGCCUGGCGGCUGUACAGGGAUCCAGUUCUGCUGCAGACCAGCCAGAACGCGGAGCUGCUGAGGGAGGAGAAGUGCCUCAGCGCGUCCGACCUGGCGGCCGCUCUGAGGCCCUGGUUGGAGCUGGACUCCUCGAGGGGGAACCAGGUGGCCGAGAGGAUGCUGAACCUGAAGCAUCAUCACCAUCAUCAGCAGGAGGAGGAGGAGGCGGGGAGCUUGAGGCAGGCGCUGGAUCUGCUGCUGGAGCGGAAGAACCGCAUCUGGGCUCGCGUCCUCGUACACCUGCUCUGUGACUGCGAGGAUAUAAAUCCCAAACUCGGCAGCUGGGCCAUCCAGCUCAACAAUGCAGGUCUCAAAGCUGCGAGAUCCUUCAUAGAGCGCCACGCAGAGCACUUGGAGCAGCUGGACUUGUCUAUUCUGCUCAACUUUGGCCCGUUGCAGGACGCGAUUAUAGAGAAGUUCGGCACUAGGACGGAGCUUUUUUCAAGCAGCGUGACAGUGACGGAUCACCUAAAACAAGCCCCACCACAUGACAUGAGACUCUUUAUCUGGACUCUGGAGGAGCAUAGGGACAAAUAUCUCACCUGCCACCAAAUACUGGAUGACUAUUUUGAUAUGGAUGGACAUUGUUCAGUCUUAAAAAAGUCUGAUGAAAAUGAAAAUAAUUCUCCUAUGAAGAGUCGAGGCCGGAAAAAGAAAGCCAGAGAGCCGCGGGCCUAUUACGUUUUCCCCGGGACGAGAGCUUCAACUCCGGGAGAUGAAUGUGAACAAGAUUUAUUUGAAGAGGAUUCUUUAUCGUUCCUUCACCCGGGGGAUCCGUUCAGUGUACCGAGUCACCUCCGAGAGGAAGUGGCCGAUUUUGAGGAGCACUACAACAGCACAAGACACAGAGGUCACUAUAAAAUGAUUCUAGACAACAACCCCGACCCGACAAAAGAGAGUUUGUACGACUAUUUUGCUCAGAUCUUGGAGGAGCACGGCCCGCUGGAGGCCGAGGACCCCCUGCUGUCCGGCGAGCUGGUGAACUUCCCCGCCGUGGCUCAGCUGAAGAUGCAGGAAGCGGGCGGCUUCGAGGCCUUCCUUCUGGAGUCCCUGCGCUUCAUCAAGAUCGGGUGCCGCGUGGGCCUGAUAAAGCACGCCGUGUGCCUGCAGCAGCAGGCGGCCAGUCUGGACGACUUGGACGUAAUAACGGAUCCCGGCCCGGUCUCUCGGACUCCUUAUUUGAACGGGGGCCUCGAAUCCGCCUUCCGAAGCCACUUGGACAGUUAUUUUCCCGCGCAGACUGACGUCGGCCCCUUCGUGCCGAAUCCUUACGUAAUAAGCUCCCAGGCGCCUCCGCGAGAGCUUCACAGCCCUUACGUUUUAGCCACUGACUACGGGGGGCUGGAUCUGGAUCUGGAUGGCGGACCUUCAGCUAUGUCGUCGGUGACAGCCAAUGGAGGCUUAUUGAAGAAACACGAACGAGUACAGACGUGUCAGGAGAACAUGAGGAGCGUGGCGGUGAACACGGAGAUGUACGAGCGCUUUGAGAGCAGCCCGGGUGACGUCAACAUGAAGCAAAAGAGCUACAGGAAGUUGGAGAAGCAGAUUAAGAAAAUGGUGAAAGGCUGUGACAGAUUCAACCAGAGACACAAAGAAGACAUCGCUGUCCUCGAGGAGGAGAUUCAGGAGAUCAAAGCCAAUAUACAAGUGACCAAUAGGGAGCUGGCCCUGUUCCAGCAGAAACUGGAAGAGGAGGUGAAGAAGGACCAGAAGGAGAAGAAGUCCAACCAGGAAGGACUGAGGGUCCUGAAGAUGGAGAUCGAAGAGCUGGGGGAGCAACACGGGAGACUUUCCCGAGGCCUCCAAGAGAAGAAAGCCAGCUUCGACCUGAAGCUGAGUGACUUCCUCGAGUCUAGCAAUCAGUCCGCAGCCGAGAAGAUGAGCAUAGAGGAGGAGAUCAAUCGCUGUAAGGCUGCGGUCACCGCGGCAACCAGGAGGUCUCGGAUCGCUCAGGUGUGGAUGCUGGAGAGCAGCCGGGAUCAGGUCGUGUUCCCUCUGUACACGGAGCUCGCCGUCGCCAAGGCUCUGCUCGGCAAACUGGACGAAGCGGCGCAGAGAUACCCAAACCCAGAGAUGGAAAUGGCUAGAAACAUCUGGAGAGUUAAUGUCCAAGAGGUUGAGAAGAAAAUCUCCAGUGCGGAGGCGCUGUAUCAGGAGCAGCUGGAUCAAGCGAACAACGGCAGGAGACUCACUGAAUGGUCUCCGGUCAACGGCCUGUCUGACUCUCCAGCUGCACCAUCGGCUGCAGCCAUCACUCCGUCUGAAGCGGCGUCCGCUCAGGCUCCGCCCCCUCUCCGACCCGCGUCCAGGACUCUGGAGCCUCAACACAACACCGUGUUUGACCAGUCCGUUGAGCGCCUGGCCGCCAUCUUCCCCGCUUACACAAGGUCGGACUUCAUGAGGUUUGUCCAGGAGUUCCGUUCGUCCAGCGGCGGUAACCUUAGCAACAUGACCAUUCAGGAAAUGGUCGGCGGAGUGACUCAGCUGAUCCUGGACCAUCAGGAGAAGCCUAAAGCUGCCGCAUCGAGCGCCAGGACUCCGUGUACCGCCUGGUCCUGGGUCGCCCCGGUCUGGAAAGCACACGGACAAAAGACCACCGCAGAGAGAAACGAGAGCUCUUCAAAGUACGGCGCCCCGCCUCAUGCCCCCCCGGCCUGGCAGCCGGCUGAACCAAAGAGGGACGCGCCCCCCAACGCACUGAACGUCGAGGAUCCUUGCAUCAUCUGCCACGAGGACAUGAACCCCAUCGACAUCUGCGUGCUGGAGUGCCGCCACAGCUUCCACGACGCGUGUAUACGCUCGUGGCUGAAGGAGAACAGAACCUGUCCCACCUGCAGAGAUCCGGCAAUCUUAAGUGACGAAUUCCCCGCUUUGGCUGCCAGAAGACGCCCAGCUCCGUGAUCCUGCCCUUACUCACACAUAUGCUUUUAUCCUAUUCCUUUUAAUCAUAAUCUAAAUACGCUUUUUUUUUUUUUUCUCGUGCUGUUGAAAUGUUCAGGCAGGUGUUUCUACACUUUGAAUAAACCAAACAUCUUGUGUUUGA